UACGGCGACUUUCUGUGGAGUCCUGCCAUUGCCCUGGCACGGUGGCUGGCCCAAGAAUCAAUCGCGCUGGAAGACAAGACGGUAUUGGAGCUCGGGGCUGGGCUUGGGCUUCCUGGCGUCACGGCAGCAACAGUUGGAGCAAGGCAAGUGCUCAUUCAGGAUCAGCUUGAAGUGUCGCUACGGGAGGUGACUGCAACAGCGGCCCGAAACGGCGUCGAUGACCGGGUCUCAACGUUGGCUUGUGCAUGGGACGAU